CAUAUAACCUACUUUGUUGUUGAGUUUUUUUUCCCCCCUUAAUUAUUCAUUCCAGUUUGAUCCACCUUAAACUAGUGCCAGCUGAGACCACCCUCCUCUUUGAGACUUGAGAUGCGCUCAAUUGGUCACAUAACAGGCUGAUUUCAAUGAGACGGUUGCAUGCAAAGCUGCUCUAACUAUUAGGAACAGAAAAACAUUGUUGUGGCAUUUUUGAACUCUAAGGGCUUGAGACCAUCUUCAGUUAAAAGACUGACAGCAUGGCUAAGCGUGUUGCUGUGAUUGGAGCAGGAAGCUCUGGGCUGACCUCCAUCAAAUGCUGUCUGGAUGAAGGGCUGGAGCCUGUGUGUUUUGAGAGCAGUGAUGGCAUUGGAGGACUCUGGAGGUUUAAGGAAAAACCUGAGGCAGAACGUUGCAGCAUUUAUCGUUCUCUCACAGUGAACACCUCUAAAGAGAUGAUGUGCUACAGUGAUUUCCCUGUGCCGGAUCAUUACCCAAACUUCAUGCACAACUCUCUGAUCCUGCAGUACUUCAAACUCUAUGCUGAGCACUUCAAUCUGCUUAAGCACAUUCACUUCCAGACCACAGUUCGCAGAGUGAGGCAGAGGCCUGAUUUUUCUGACUCGGGUCAGUGGGAGGUAGUGACCGCAGACAAAGAUGGACAAGAGGAGAAACAUGUGUUUGACGGGGUGCUUGUGUGCGCAGGACACUACACACAACCCAUCAAACCCCUCACACACUUCCCAGGUAUUGAUACAUUCCCUGGGACAGUAAAUCACAGUUGGGAAUAUAAGGACCCUGAUCCUUACUUUGGGAAGAGAGUUGUGAUUGUUGGGAUUGGGAAUUCUAGUGGAGACAUUGCCGUGGAGCUUAGCCGAGUGUGCGAGAAGACGUUCCUGAGUACCCGUAAAGGGGCGUGGGUCAUAGGUCGCAUGGUCAGUAAAGGGCUUCCUCUAGACAUGACGAUGGUUAGACGAGUCCGAGAUCUGAUUUACUGCGCCCUGCCUAGAUCUCUCCUCAACUGGAUUGGCGAGAGAAGCCUCAAUCAGAGAUUCGACCACAAGCUGUAUGGACUACAGCCUGAGCACAGAAUCCUUGACAAGCGUACUGUUAUCAACGAUGACCUCCCAGGUCGCAUUCUGGUAGGAGAACUGGUGAUGAAACCAAAUGUGCAGAAGUUCCAAGGCUCGACGCUUGUCUUUGAUGAUGGGACUGUUGAAGAGAAGAUUGAUGCAGUGAUCUUAUGCACAGGCUAUGAUUUUAAAUUUCCCUUCCUCCCCGCCUCCUUAAACUCUGGUGCUGAUGGAGAUCUGAAACUCUACAGAAGAAUCUUUCCUCCAUCUCUAGAGCGUCCAACACUGGCCAUCCUGGGCCUGCUGCAGACCAAAGGGCCGAUCAUGCCAGCUGUAGAACUGCAGGCUCGCUGGGCCACCAGGGUCAUCGCAGGACUAAACCAUCUUCCUCCAGCCGAUAAAAUGGAUAAAAUAAUUGAGAAGGACAUAAAAGCAAAUUUAAAAAGUUACCCCUGUCCUAAGCUGGCUGCCCUUCAAGUGGACUAUAUCCCUUACCUAGACACAAUAGCAAAGGAAGUGGGCGUCUGUCCCAACAUUGCCUGGCUGCUCCUGAGGGACCCUGCUGUGGGACUGAGGGCUUUCUUCGGCCCCUGUACUCCCUACCAGUUUCGGCUAAGCGGACCAGGGUAUUGGAGAGGUGCCCGUCAAGCUAUUCUUACCCAAUGGGAACGUGUGGCCAAACCCAUGAAGACACGGCCCAUUCCAGAACCUCCAUCCUUCAGUUUGUUCUUUUGGCUGGGCCUGUCAGGAGGGGCUGCAGUGAUUUUUGCCAUUAUGACAAUGCAAAAGAAGAUCCCACUCUCCCUGAGAAACCCAUCUGUUUCUUGUAUCCCAUAGAAAACCCAUAUUUGAUUUUUGGGUAGCUCUGUUUUGAAUUUGCACUUCUUUAACCUU